CCUGGCCAAACAUCAACAAAACAACUCUUGAGCUGCUUGAAAAUAUCCCUGUUACUGAGUUAUUAUGGCUUUUCUUUCAGAUAUUCUUGUUGCUGGCACCUUGCUGAUUAAUGCCUGUGCAGUUCUGAACUUUAAACUUAAAAAAAGGAACCCCACAGAUUCAUUUGGAGAAGAGAAUGAAGAACCUUCACUUGGUGAAAAAUUGAAGGACUUUAUCAUCAAUCUUCGAUACUUCAGAAUUUUUAUUGGUUUAUGGAAUAUUAUAAUGAUGCUGUGUAUGGUCAUAUUAUUUGGUUCGUGACUGAAACUUAUGGACGAGGGUCACAUAUUUUGGGGGUCUAGCAAGAAGACAAGUUUACAGCUUGUUCAAUAACAAAUAAUAGUACUUGUACAUAAAGAAAUUGUCUAUAGCUUGGCCUGACAGAGGACAUCGACAAUGGGUAGUAGUUGUGAUCAAUUAGGAAUUGCUGUAAGAACUACUGUAGUCCACAAAGAAAAUCUACAUUGUACAA